AUGGCAGACUGGAGAAGUCACGCCAGAUGGAACCUGCGGAGGUACAACUGGUUUCUCAACCAGCCGCCGGUAACUGCAACGCACCCGCACCUGCUCCCGCCCCACCACCCGGGCCCGGGAGUAUCUCUCCCGACGGCUCAUGUGGCGGAGCAAAUCAGUAUAACUGUACGACUUCCCCCUUCGGAGACUGCUGCUCUUCGAGCGGCUACUGUGGUACCACUUUGGGCCACUGUGGAAGUGGUUGUCAAGACCUUUUUGGCACAUGUGGUGCGACGACCAAUAUCAGCUCUGAUGGCCAGUGCGGCUCCAAUGGCAAGACGUGUUUAG